UCCCUCUCUGCCUCUCUGGGUUCCAUUUCUCAAUGUCACCCCCCCCCCCAUCCCUCCAUUAUGAGAGUGUAAAUGCUUUGAGAUCUUCGGAGGAAUAUUCCGGGUUCUCACAGUGUCUGAUAGCCAAGAGAGCAAGAGGGAGAUGGCCCCUCCCAUUUAUUCUCACCCUCCCUUAGCCCACCCCCCAGCCUGGGACUGGGCGGGGGGAAGGGAGAGGCUGGAUGGAAGCCAGACUGGCAGAGACAGGGGCUUUGUCCCAGCUGGUUUCUGAGCCAGGGGAUCCGGUGGGAAAGCCCGUGCCAGGCAGAAAGGAAGGCUGGGAAGAAGAAGAAGGGAGAAGGCAGCCAAGGAGGCGGUGGAGGGUGCUAGGAGUAAAGAGAAGAGUUUCCUUAUAAGUAACGGUGGGGUAGGGAGAGGUCAAGGAGGGGUUGGGCUAGAGAGAAGUUGUGCAAUGCCCAGGGUCAGUCGAGGAGGCCCUCCUGGAAGAGGCCAGGGGGGUGUGGUGCUCAGGGAGGAAGGGACAGGAAGGGAAUGUUGGAGGGGUGCUGGGGCAGGAGGAGGCUCUGGGUUCGAGGAAGGAGUCUGGCACUGGGAAAAGCAGAGGGAAUUUCCCUCCAGCAGCCUGAGCAUGGCCCCACUGUUCCUGCCCCUGCUGAUAGCCCUGGCCCUGGCCCCGGGCCCCACGGCCUCAGCUGAUGCCCUGGAAGGGGACAGCUCAGAGGACCGGGCCUUCCGCGUGCGCAUCUCGGGCGACGCGCCGCUGCAGGGCGUGCUGGGCGGCGCCCUCACCAUCCCGUGCCACGUUCACUACCUGCGGCCGCCGCCGGGCCGCCGGGCCGUGCUGGGCUCCCCGCGGGUCAAGUGGACCUUCCUGUCCGGGGGCCGGGAGGCCGAGGUGCUGGUGGCGCGGGGGCUGCGCGUCAAGGUGAGCGAGGCCUACCGGUUCCGCGUGGCGCUGCCCGCCUACCCGGCGUCACUCACCGACGUCUCCCUGGCGCUGAGCGAGCUGCGGCCCAACGACUCUGGCAUCUACCGCUGCGAGGUCCAGCACGGCAUAGACGACAGCAGCGACGCCGUGGAGGUCAAGGUCAAAGGGGUCGUCUUUCUCUACCGGGAGGGCUCUGCCCGCUACGCUUUCUCCUUCGCCCGGGCCCAGGAGGCCUGUGCCCGCAUCGGAGCCCGCAUCGCCACCCCGGAGCAGCUCUACGCCGCCUACCUCGGGGGCUAUGAGCAGUGCGAUGCUGGCUGGCUGUCCGACCAGACCGUGAGGUAUCCCAUCCAGACCCCACGGGAGGCCUGUUAUGGAGACAUGGAUGGCUUCCCUGGGGUCCGGAACUAUGGCGUGGUGGACCCGGAUGACCUCUAUGAUGUCUACUGCUACGCUGAAGACCUAAAUGGAGAGCUGUUCCUGGGCGCCCCUCCAGACAAGCUGACGCUGGAGGAGGCACGGGCAUACUGCCGCGAGCGGGGUGCAGAGAUCGCUACCACGGGCCAGCUGUAUGCAGCCUGGGAUGGCGGCCUGGACCGCUGCAGCCCCGGCUGGCUGGCCGAUGGCAGCGUGCGCUACCCCAUCGUCACGCCCAGCCAGCGCUGCGGUGGGGGCCUGCCUGGCGUCAAGACUCUCUUCCUCUUCCCCAACCAGACCGGCUUCCCCAACAAGUACAGCCGCUUCAACGUCUACUGCUUCCGAGACUCUGGCCAGCCCUCCACCACGCCUGAGGCCUCUGACCCAGCCUCUGACGGGCUGGAGGCCAUUGUCACAGUGACAGAGACCCUAGAGGAGCUCCAGCUGCCGCGGGAAGCUGUGGAGAGCGAGUCCCGGGGAGCCAUCUACUCCGUCCCCAUUGUGGAGGAUGGGGGAGGUGCAAGGUCCCCUCCAGAAGACCCGGCGGAGGCCCCUAGGACCCUCCUCGAAUUCGAAAGCCAAUCCAUCGUCCCUCCCCUGGGGUCCUCAGAAGAGGAAGGCAAGGCUUUGGAGGAAGAAGAUGAAGAGGAGGAAGAGGAGGAGGCAGAGGAGGAGGCCCUGUGGGCCUGGCCCAGCGAGCUCAGCAGCCCAGACCCAGAGGCCUCUCUCCCCACUGAGCCAACCCCAAAGGAGUCACUCUUGCAUGCCUCCCCACCACCAGCGAGGCCAGUCCUACAGCCUGGUGCCUCACCACCUCCCGAUGGAGAGCCAGAGGCUCCCAGGCCUCCAAGGGUCCUUGGGCCACCCACUGAGACUCUGCCCACUCCCACGAAUGGGAAACUGGCCUCCCCACCACCUCCCACUCCGGUUGGGGAGAGAGAGGUGGGGGAGGAGGAGGCCGGGGGUCCUGAGCUGUCUGGGGUCCCUCGAGGAGAGAGUGAGGAGACAGGGAGCUCUGAGGAUACCCCUGCCCUGUUUCCAGCCACACGGGCCCCUGAGGGUGCCAGGGAACUGGAGGCCCCCUCUGAAGAGAAUUCUGGAAGAACUGUCCCAGCAGGGACCUCAGUGCGGGUUCAGCCAGUGCUGCCCACUGACAGCGCCAGCCAAGGUGGAGUGGCCGUGGCCCCCUCAUCAGGAAGGAUGGUCUCACCCUCCCUGAACCAAAGGAUCUCCAAGUCCCUAAUGCUGGCGAAGACACAAAUCAGGAGGCGAGGAAGAAGGAACGUAGAGGUGGGGGGAGGAGUGGGGAGUUAGAUUCUGGGGUCCGAGAGCCGCCCUACCCAUUCAGGGAAGGCUGAGCUUCCCAGUGGGGAUCCCUGGAGACGCCUGGGAUCCGCCCAGUCCCAGGACCGACAGCCCUUCCUGCAUGGUCCAGGGCUGGCUAGGGGCCCCUGCAUCACACCCAGGCUCCCCCAUUUCAACUAUUGGCUCCCUGCCCAGCUGGCCUUGGAGUUCAGUGCCGCGUGGGUUAGGAGGGGGUCUGGUGGGAAGAGAAGCAUCAGUGGAAGUCUCUGCAGGACCUUAGUUACCCCACCUGGUGGGUGAGGGAGGUCCUCUGGCCCUGCUGUUACAGCAGGAGUGAAGAACUCUGUGGUUGUGUGUAGCAGUUGGCCCCAAGAAGGGGGAGGAAGGAAGAGUAGAAAGUUCCUUCAAGAGGAGUUCCUUUGCCCCCACGCUGUCGGUCCUGGUUCAGGGGAGGGACCUCUGGCCUGGGGUGGACAACCAGGGACCGAGUGUAGAAGUCUCUGUUCCCCAGGGCUGGCUGGCUGAACGCAGAGGUGCAGGCAAGAGGUGAGGAACAGAAGGGGCUGCAGGACUCCUGCCCUCCGCGGGGCCUGGUGCUAAAUAAAACACCUCCCCUCCCCCUUUGCCCAGGGAGCUGGUGCUACCAGCCUGGAAGAAACUGUUGGCAGGAGGAGAGGUGACAGGGUGGUGGUGCUGGAACAGCUGAUUCAUUUCACCCCAAACAGCGAGGUCAUCCCAGCAAAAUUCUUGGAAUCGACUCCAGCGUCUCCUCCCCCUACCUCUGCUCUCACCCCCACCAGGCGGAGGGAAGCACAGUGGGCCUCGCCCUUGGCUGCUGGGGGUAUGGCGUGGUCAGAAGAGUCCCGCCCAGGGGUGGUUUUACCUCCCAAGCUGAGAGCCCAGCCCUGCACUGUCAGUCUGUGGGGCCAUCUUCCUCUUCCUGGACCAGAAGGAGUGGAAUCUGCCCCGUCCAGCACCCACGCCUGGUCUAGGGCAGCCGCCUCCCACCCCGGGACCCAGAGGGAGAGAGUCCUGAGGAGAAGGCAGGAGACCCAGCCAGACAACAGAUUGCAGGCCUUCAGGGCAGCGUGUCAGUCUAAGAGGACUGCCUGGAGGAGAGAGUGCCAGAAGGGGCAGAGAUGGAUUGGGGAGGGGGGUAGGCUGACUGGCCUGCAGAGGGGGCCUGGGGAGGGGAUUGGUUCUUCACUAUCAGCUUCUGGGAUUGUUGACUCCACCCAGGGAGUAAGAGGGAGAGCUAGCCCCCCACCCCCACCCCAAUUUCGGGUCCCAGAAGCAGUCAAGGGCAGGCCACCCCUCACUGUUGCCGAGGCGAUCCUCCUCUCCUCCCGCUUCAUCCAGCCCCCACCGAAACCACACAAAACUGUGCAGGGACCCGGCACAAAGACAAGGCGGUGGGGAACCAAGCUCCAGGCCCAGAGAGGUAGAGUGACCUGUCCAAUGUCAGUCGGCAGAGCCAGGAGCCAGAUAAGAGUCCGGGUCUCACGACUGACAGCCCAGCAUCUUUCCCUUCAGUGGGGUUGGGUCCUGAGGGCCUUUCUGGCCACUUUCGCCCAGCCCCUGUUAGCCUGGGCCCACGCCAGGGGACACCGCAAUGGCCAGCACGGGGCUGAGUCGACCCCGAAGUGGCAGGUGGUGAGGGGGGUCAGGGUGGGAGAGAAACCGGAACUGAGGGCUGGGCUGACUUCAAGAUGCUGUGAUAGCUCUCAGGACAAGGGGGUUGGGGCCGUGGACGUGCCGAACCCUCUCCUGGGGGGCUCAGGCUGCAGAGUUGUGCUCCCCUGCUCCGCCCACCUCACUUCUCUCCCC